AUGCAACGGAACAGGUAGCUGCUAGAGGAUUUGUUACCCAGAGAUCAGGGGAGGAUUUAUCAAAAACACAAACUGGAAGGGCUCAGCAGCGCCUGGGUGCCCCGGGAGCCACUGCCUGAGUGUGUCGAGGUGGUCACGAAGAAACGGCCUGACAUGAGUACCACUAAAGGAGGCCUAGUGAUCUUCACCGCCAACUCCAAUCCCUCCAGUCGGGAAUUGGGGAAGAGGAUUUCAGAGAGGUUGGGGGUGGAGCUGGGGAAGGUACAGGUGUAUCAGGAGGCCAACAGAGAAACGCGGGUACAGAUCCAAGAGUCUGUCCGGGGGAAGGAUGUCUUCAUCAUCCAGACGGUGUCCAAGGAUGUCAACACCACCAUCAUGGAGCUGCUCAUCAUGGUGUACGCCUGCCGGACGUCGUGUGCACGCAACAUCAUUGGCGUCAUCCCCUACUUCCCCUACAGCAAGCAGUGCAAGAUGAGGAAGAGGGGCUCCAUUGUCUCCAAGCUCCUGGCCUCCAUGAUGUGCAAAGCAGGACUAACCCAUCUCAUCACCAUGGAUCUUCAUCAGAAGGAGAUCCAGGGCUUCUUCAACAUUCCCGUCGACAACCUGCGCGCAUCUCCUUUCCUCCUGCAGUACAUCCAAGAGGAGAUCCCCGACUACAGAAAUGCUGUUAUCGUGGCCAAGUCUCCAGCCUCGGCUAAGAGGGCCCAGUCGUUUGCUGAGAGGCUUCGGCUGGGUAUAGCCGUCAUCCACGGAGAGGCGCAGGACGCAGAGUCGGACCUCGUGGACGGACGGCACUCCCCUCCUACGGUCAAGAACAUGGGGGCCAUUCAUCCCAGCCUGGAAAUCCCACUGCUGAUCCCUAAAGAGAAGCCUCCGAUUACAGUGGUGGGAGAUGUGGGUGGGCGCAUCGCUAUCAUCGUGGAUGACAUCAUCGAUGAUGUGGACAGCUUCCUGGCGGCGGCCGAGACGCUGAAGGAGCGAGGCGCCUACAAGAUAUUCGUCAUGGCAACGCACGGCAUCCUGUCGUCGGAUGCCCCGCGCCUCAUUGAGGAGUCCGCCAUCGACGAGGUCGUCGUGACCAACACCAUUCCCCAUGAGAUCCAGAAGCUGCAGUGUCCCAAGAUCAAGACGGUGGACAUCAGCAUGAUCCUGUCGGAGGCCAUCCGCCGCAUCCACAACGGAGAGUCAAUGUCCUACCUGUUCCGCAACAUUGGCAUGGACGACUGACCCCGACUGACCCCUGGCAGGGCAGGACCCUACUACACAUACUUACCCCUACUACACCCACACCUCAUCUCACACCCAUAUUUACAUCCCGCCCACUGAUGCCCAUUCAAACCUCCCCACCCCACUCCUAUACCCACACCACAUUGCCCCCGACUUAAAGGUGCACUGUGUAGGGUGGUGGCCAGAAUAGGUAUUGCAACUACGGUAUGCUGCUCAUUGAAGCUGCUGCCUCUUGUCAAAUUUGACUUGUUAAAUAAUAAACACAUAUUUAUUAGUAUGACCAAAGUACAGUGAGUUUUGCUGUUAAAAUGUCUGUAUGAAAAGUGCCAUUUUCCCAGUCAUAAUGAAUACUUAAAAAUUUGAUGGCAGUGGUAAAGAUGAAAAGGGUAACGUUUGUGAAUGGGCAGCAUGAAGUCUGGAACGAAACUGCUAAAAAAUACUACACAGUACACCUUUUAACUGGUGCCCCACCCAAACUGCCAGACCACACCCUGGCAGGACAGGCUCCUCACCUUCCAAACACUUGACACUCCCAUUCCACUGAAGCCGCAUCCAAACUCCAAACUGCCAGACACCCCACGUGCACAGAGGUCAAGGGUUUUACCCAUUGUGCAUUUCUCCCUCCCGUUAAUGAUGUGCUGCAGGGUUGACGCUUUCGUUCGUAUUAAGCAUUUAUGAGUUAUUUUGAGGUUGUUUUUUUUAGUUUGAUCUAGCUUAAAAAUGUGUCCUAUUUUCUUGACGGGCAGAGUUGAAGUAGAGUGACUGAUUGUUACGGCAGGAUAAACAAAUGCCAAGAAAGAUAUUGACAGCCUUUAUUGCGGUGUGAGAUAGCGAAUGGUAAAUCUUGAAAAAAAAAUCAAAUUUUCUAGCUUUUUUUUCUUCCUUUACUCAGCUUCCCUGUUGUCAGUUUCACACUCUUUCACAAUGCCUUUAACUUAUACAACAUGGGCUCGAAAGCCCAUCGGCUCACUGUCUGUCUCUUAGUUUGUUUGUCUGCCCUCGUGGCAUUGUAGGAGCUCGUUUCGUCCUCGUUUUGAUUGUUAACAAUGUUACAGUUAUUUGGCACUUAACUUGGCCACGGUGCAUUCCAUCUACUAUGGGCCUAUGCGCUAUAGUCUCUUUCUCUCUGUCUCCCUCGCUCUAUGGUAUGUCUCUCAUUCUCUUAAUCCCUCCCACCCCUCCCUCUGUGUUGUCUACACCCCUGCCAUCCUCCCUUCCGCGGCACUGUUGCUUAGUAUACCAUGGAGAUAAUGACCAGUUAUAGUGCAUAGACUUCUUUGCUGCUGCUGCCAUAUGUCAUUUUAGGUGUCAAUACAUUCAUAUCUUUUGUUAUUUUUUUUGGUGCCUGUGUGUGUGCGCGUGCGUGUGUAUUCCUAUGGAGCAGGCUGGAGCUGCACUUGAUAAUGAGAACUCAUUGAAUAUUGACACAGUUCAUAAGAAAAUAACUGAUAAAUCAAUACACUGUUAACAUGGCAAGUGGAAGAUGAACUAGAUGAAGAGGGCGUGUUUGUGUUUUGUUUUUGUCUAUAAGUUUGUGACUUUGGUUUCAUUCCCCUGUUUCUAACUCGGCUAACUAAUGCUCAAUACGUUUGCCUGAAGAAUUCUUGCCACUGAAUACUUGGGACCAUGAUUGUGCACUGUAGCUUCAAUGAGGGGGAUGAUGGUCAAUAUUUCAGGAUUUCUUGCCUCAGAGAAUUUCAAUCAUUUCCUUUUUUUGCCAUGUCAAAUCGAGAGGCAAAUGCAGGGUCUUUGUAACCAUACUAAUGAUUCAGGCUUUUGUAUUUAUUUACAGCACUUGAUGGUUAAAAAAAUAAAAUGAAAAAACUUAA